CCCCGCCUGCACUCUGGCGCUGGAGAUCAUGGACAUGACGGCGAGCGAGCACCACCCGCACCACCCGCACCACCGGUGGUACGAGGUCCCGCGGCUUGCCAUGAACCAAUCGCCGUCGCACCACCUGCCCGCCAUGAGCGCGGAGGACAUCCUGGCCGGCAACGGCGGCCUCAACGCGUCGCCGGACCUGCUGGGCCAGCACCAGUCCGGCGGCCACCCCGGCGGCGGCCACCAGGAGAUGUCGGGCUCGAGCAUGGCCGAGCACAUGUCCUCCUUCUUCCACCACUCGGCGGCCGCGUCCCUCGCGGCGGCCGCGGUGUCGGACGGCUCGCCGUCGUCCAACGGCCGCCCCGGCGACUACUCGUCGCACCAGCGGGCGGCGGCCGCGGCGCGCUACUACCACACCUCCAUGCACUCCCCCUACGCCGCGACACACGCGGCGGCGAGGAUGACGGCGGGCUCGCAGAUGUGCAGGCCGCACCACUUCUCCCCCUCACCGCUCCACCCGUGGCUGUCGUCGUCAGACGCGACGUCGGCCAAGCCCGCGUCGUCGUCGUCCUGGUGCAACCCCUUCAGCUCGUCGUCCAACAACGCCGAGCACAACAACCCCAGCACCACCCCAACCAACAACCCCUCCACAACGCCCACCAACUCCUCCAGCAACAACAACAAUAAUAAUAAUAGCACUAGUAAUAACAAUGAUAGCCAAAACAACAACCGGACGGAGCAGAGCGAGGACCAGAAGCCCUCGUCGCCGUCCGUGAGCAGCCACCACGUGUCGCAGCACCACCACCUGUUCUCGUUCCCGCCGACGCCCCCCAAGGACGCGACGCCCGACUCGGUGACGGCCGCGUCGACGGCGGCCUCGUCGUCCAACGACUACAACGCGGCCAUCGCGCAGGCCGCGCACGCCGCCGCCAUGGGGGCCGCCUUCAUGCAGCAGCACCAGGACGUGUCCGGGUGCGGCGUCGGCGGCGUGGGCGGCGUGGUGGGCCCGCUGGACGUCAAGCCCACCAUGCUCUCCUCGAGCUGCUCCAACGCGGCCGCCUCCUCCAACAAGCAGCGAGAAGGUAACGCCAGCAACACCACCACCUCGUCGAGCUCCGCCUUCAGCUGCUCGUCGGCGGCCACCUCCCCCGUCGACGACCCCGCCCCCUCGUCGUCCCCGGGCAGGAGGCCCGACGGCGACUGCAUGGACCAGCAGCAGCAGCACAUGCAGGACACGUCGUACCCUCCCCCUCCCCUGCAGUACGGUGGCCAGGGCGGCGGCUACAUGGGUUACCCUCACCACCUCAACCACCACAUGUUCGGCGCUAAGACGUCGCCCACCCCCCUCGGGGGACUGGGGAGCAACAAAGUGUCGUCGAGAAAUAAGUCGCGAUCGAGCGCCGAGGGGCGGGAGUGCGUCAACUGCGGCGCGACGUCGACGCCGCUGUGGCGCCGCGACGGCACGGGGCACUACCUCUGCAACGCCUGCGGACUCUACUACAAGAUGAACGGCCAGAACCGGCCGCUCAUCAAACCCAAGCGUCGCCUGUCCCAACAGUCACUGCAGUCGGCGGCGCGCCGGGCGGGCACGUCGUGCGCCAACUGCAAGACCACCACGACGACGCUGUGGCGCCGGAACCAGAACGGCGAGCCCGUGUGCAACGCCUGCGGCCUCUACUACAAGCUGCAUAAUGUGAACCGACCAAUGACGAUGAAGAAGGAGGGCAUCCAGACGCGGAAUCGCAAGCUGUCGUCCAAGUCCAAGAAGAAGAAGGGCGUCGGUGGCGGCUGCCUCAGCUUGUCGGGGGUCAUGUCGGAGAUGAUGAAGCCGCUGGACCCGAGCGGCAAAGGCGUCGGCGGCUACCCUGGCUCCUUCAACACCAACCCCCACCACCACCUCGGCGCGGCGGCCCUCCACCCCGCGGCGCACCACGCGGCCGCGGCCAUGAGCCACUGGUACCACGGCUCCAACGUGCACCAUCACCAGAGCUUCGUGGCGCCCGCACCCACACCCCACGGCGGCCUCGGAGGGGGCCACCCACACCCCGGCGCAGCCAGCAUGCACCAUCACCACCACAUGAGUCCCCUGUCGGCGCUGGGCUCCGGGUCGUUGGGCUUGGCCGCCACCUCCAACUCGAUGGCGAGCUGGCGGUCAGAAUACACAUGAUGAGCCCCAACAGUCUAGCGAGGUUCAAACCAACUGCAGCAUGCUCCGCUCCAGCUCCAGAAGUGCAUGGCUCAGGCAGGCAACGGCAGCAGCGCCGCGACCCACCGCAGAAAACUCCUUGUUAGAAUUCUAGUUAAAUUAUCAUUUCGCUCGCACUGGAUGGAAAGCGGCAUCCCUAUUUAUUAUUUCUAUUAUUUCUCUUCCGCUUUUUCUUGGAAAGCUGUUUUCUGUGGCCUUCUGUCUGGCAAUUGGCACGCACAAGCUGCAGAGUGACAACAAAGUGAUCUAUGAAGACUUGUAGUGACGAGUACAAACCAAUUUAAUGAGAAACUAAAGACAAAAUAUAAUUUAAAUUAUUAUUAUUUUAUUUGUGAGAUAUGACAUUAUUAUAUUAUUAUUGCUAUUAUUAUAACUGUUAUUAUUGCGAGGGUUGAUAAUUGAAGAAUAUCGUAACUGUCAUACAGGAGCCUUGUACGAACAUACUCUGCAAGUUUGUUUUAUUAUUUUUCUCUCUGAAAACGUUUGUUAAAUGCAGUCGUUUUUUGGUCAACUUCCAAAUUUCAACAGUCUUUUAUUGGGUUUUGAGUGACUGCUCGUCUACUUAGUAUGCACUCCUUUGAUACAUUCUUGACGUUACCUGUUUACAUUUUUUUCAUUGCAAUGGAGUUUUAAAAACAAGAUAGGAAGUCAGUAUGAAAGAGCCUUGAGUGAGUGUGAAUGUGUGUUUGUGUGUGUGUACGUGCGCGAUAGCACGGAGAUAGCGCGUGCAUUGUUCAGCUCGACACAGGGAUUGUGAUUGUUCAAAAUUAGUAUUUAAAAAAAUAAUUCUGUACUAAAUCUGUAAUUUGUUUGUAAUUUGUUUUUAUAGAUUAAUAUGAACCUUCAAAGUUACCAUUGUUUUGUACGAUUUGGAUAAGAGGCUUUAUGCUGUCAGUUUUAAGUUGCUCCACUGCUUAGCUCUGUAUUCUAGUUCCGUAUUCUUCUAUAAUUUGUGCUGAUGCAAAUUAAAUAGAGACCUUUAGUUCAAACAAGUUGUUGUACCGCGCGGAUACAUGUAAACACAAUAUAUGUGGAUGCCGGCAGCGGAGACGCGCAAGGCGCUGUUAAUAUGACAAGAGAGCUAAUUUUAUCGUGUGAUUCCUUGUGAUCGGUCUCACCCAAUCCUAUCUGUGAUUUUGAAAUCACAAUCCGCGUUGUCUCACCUGAUGUGAAGUGUGAUAUCCUGUGCAGCUCCAGAGGCGGUGGGCUCCGUACGGCGGAGGGCGGGUGGCGGGGCGUCUGUGGUCCCCGGCCAGGUCACCAUAGGUGUCUCGCUGCCCCCGAAGCUCCCCGACGGCUGCCGAGCCUCAGAUCUCUUGAUUGUAAACUAUUUUGCAUGUUCGUCACGUUACGACGGUCGAGCAGCGCGUGAGCGAGAUGCUGGCUGCGUCCGUCGCCAACUCAACAAGCAAAAAAUUUAAAAAUUCUUAUUGUUUUCAAUUUUGACUCCAGCCCCGCUGUCUCCACCUCUCCACCACCUUUUCGUGUUGCACUUGUUGAAAAGGGGUGGCCAGAGCGUUGAGACAGGUUGGACUUGGCGACGAGCAGCGGCCAGCGUCGAACGGCCCUCGAGGCCCUCGACGGCCACCCCGCGCAAAACUAAGCAUACCAAAGUUUGUAUUUAUUUAAGCGGCGGCUCAGCUCAGCCGGGCUGCCGGUCACAGAGUUAUAUUAUAGCGUUCCCUCGCCUCGGGGGAACACCACAGAUACUAUUGUGAUGUGUGAAAUAAUGUAUUUUUAAAAUGGGGCAAAACAAAAAUUUUACUAGUGAUAAAGAUUAUUAAACGAUUGUAUGAAAUGUAAUAUACUAGAGUUAAGGGACGAAUGUGCUUAAGUUGUACGAAAUGUGUUAUUGUGUUAUGUCGACAAAUACUCAGUUUUCACAAAUUUGGGGAACAUAAAUAUGUACAUAUGUUAUGUAUAUUUUCCUUGUUUUAAGUCACAAAUGCAAAGACAUUAAUGUUAUACAAAAACAGAGAAUUUAUUGGGAGAGAUUUCAGUGUAAGCUACUUUUCUCAAUGUUUUCAAAACCUGUAAUAAUUCCAACAUGCAAAAAGUCCAACGCCCUCUUGUCAACCGUAUCAUGUUUUUGUUAAAUAAGGACGCUGUCAUGUAACAUUGUGUAGAAUAAUGUGUGUGUAAAGUUGCAUAAAUCAAUGACAAACGA